UCACAGAAUUCUAAUUAAGAGCGGUGUAGGUCAGAAUAUUGUGUGGUCUUUAACAGGAUCUCCCUGUUUCAACACUUCUAUUUUUCCUUAUGGUAUUUAAGCUGAAAAAGCUCACUGGAUUCCUUCUUUCUUUCCCACACUACUUCUGACAGAAAUUUUUACAGGUGUUAGGUGAAGACAAAUAUAACUUAAAAAAAUUACUUCCUCCAUGGGCAGCCGGUAAACUUUCACUGUGAAUGCUGAGCAUUGAACGGGGGUUAAAAUUUAGUGAAACUGGAGAUCUGAAAUGUUUUUGGUAGCAGCUACAUUGGCUGAAGUUGUCCAAUGCAGCGCUGCCAAGCUCCUGGAGAAAAGUCCGUUCUCCGUCGGCGCCCCGAGCCCCCUGCUCCCCUCGCCGGCCAGCCUGCAGCUGGCGCAGCUCCAGGCGCAGCUCACCCUCCACCGGCUGAAGUUGGCUCAGACCGCCGUCACCAACAACCCAGCCGCCGCCACUGUCCUCAACCAGGUGCUCUCCAAAGUGGCCAUGUCCCAGCCCCUCUUCAACCAGCUGAGGCACCCCACCGUGAUGAAUGCCCCCCCUCAGGGCCACGCCGCAGGGCCGCCCCAGGGACCCGGCAUCGCCGGCGCGAGGUUCCCCUCUGGCGGCAUUGCCUUUCCUGCCCAGAGCCCGGCAUUAGCCGCGCCGGGGGGCAGCCUGGGGCCCGUGCAGGCCCAGGCCCCCAACGCCAUCGUCAUGAGUCCCUUUGGGGGCGUCAUGGCUCCCACCUCCGGCCAGCAGCCCAUGGUGGUGGGUCUCAACAAGGCGGGCACCUCCACUUCUGCCACCACCACGGGGGGCUUCUAUGACUACAACAAGCAAAACGCCGCCAAUGCCGCCCCUCAGGCGUACGCCUCAGAGGGGGACCAGCCCGGCCAGCAUGGCUUCCUCGCCGGCGGGGCUCACGCUGCCUCCUCGGCGGUGGGGCCACGCUUUGAGGGUCACUUUGGGGCUCCUGGCCAGCUGCAGCACGAGGCGGCAGCGGCCACCUUCCCCAAGGAGGCCUACGGGGCGGCGGUGGCGGCCCAGCACGGGGCAGCACGGGCCUUCCCCGGCGACCCGAACGCCGGCUCCCACCCGAAAGGAGAUCCCGUCCUGCAUGGCAGCGGUACAAGCAACAGUUGGGAAAAUAUCCCUAAUUUCCCCAGCCAAAACAAGCCUGACCUUGUGCCCGGCGACAGCCUGUGGCCGUCAGCGAGUCAGCAGCAGUAUGAAAUAAGAAACGAGCUCUACAACCCCGAAGAGCCGACACCUGACACAAAGUUCAGCGCCGCCGCUCCCCCCGCCUUCGGCCGCCUCAACCACAGCAAGCAGAGCUUCGGCAGCCCUCGCAUGAGGCAGAAGGAGGAGCGGAGCAGCGGUGGUGGCGGCGGUGCCCCCGACCUGCCCGCCCGCUCCCUGCCGCCCCACCAGCUGGGCGACCUCCGCGGCGUAGCCCCCCUCCACUUCCCCCACGUCUGCGCCCUCUGCGACAAGAAGAUCUUCGAUCUGAAGGACUGGGAUCAGCACAUUAAGGGAAGUCUUCACAUCCAAAAAUGUAUGGCUUUUUCAGAUAACACUGGUAUCCGGUGUGUGUUAAGCACAGGAGAUGGAACAUUGCAUUUAUCACCAAAUAAUGCAGCAGUUUUCAAUCCAUCUAGUAUCGAAGAUUUCCCACCAAAUGUCGGCUCAUCUUUUAUCACUGCAUCAGCAAGAUCCUUUGGCCAGCCAGGUUCUACAUUUUCUUCUCCUCCAUCAGGGUUUCCCCAGAGGAAAUCUACACUGGGUCGAGUUGUUCACAUCUGCAACCUCCCCGAGGGAAGCUGCACAGAGAAUGAUGUCAUUAACCUGGGCCUCCCGUUUGGGAAGGUCACCAACUACAUCCUCAUGAAAUCCACUAAUCAGGCCUUUCUGGAAAUGGCUUACAGUGAAGCAGCACAAGCCAUGGUGCAGUACUACAAAGAAAAACCUGCUAUGAUAAACGAUGACAAGUUACUUAUUAGGAUGUCUAAAAGAUACAAGGAAUUGCAGCUGAAGAAACCAGGUAAGAACGUGGCUGCCAUCAUCCAGGACAUCCACUCACAGAGGGAGAGGGACCUGCUGCGUGAAGUGGACAGCAGGUAUGGCACGGAGAGGCCCCGCUCUCGCAGCCCCAUAAGCCGCUCCCUGUCGCCCCGAUCCCACACUCCCAGCUUUACUUCCUGCAGUUCACCCCACAGCCCCAUGGGGACCGGCAGGACCGACUGGGGAAACGGGAGAGAGUCGUGGGAUCAAUCCCCCUAUUCCCGACGGGAGGAGGAAAGAGACAGCAGAGAAUGGCGAGAGAACGGGGAUGAGAAGAGGGACAGGACUGACACGUGGGUACACGAGAGGAAACAUUAUUCCCGACAGCUGGACAAGUUUGAUUUGGAUGAACGGAUCGAAGGAGGCAGAGGGCACAGAGAUAAAUAUUUAAGGAGUGGUUCCCCUGGCUCCCUUCAUCCUUUAUCUGGCUACAAGAGCAGGGAAGAUGACUAUUACCGAAAAACCUCCAAGUCAAAAUCUGACAAGUUUCAGAGGCAGCUGCAGGAUUUACCUGGCAGGUCGAAGAGAAAGGAAGAGGCAAAGUCAAGGGAACGCAGGCAUUCGUACAGCGAGGACACCGCCAGGGAGGAGGGGACUGAACAGAAGCACAGCAAAGCGUCUGAGGGCUCCAGGCAAAAACAAAGUGAUAAGAAUAAGGCCAAGAAAGCUGAAAAAGACCAAGAGGAAGAUGCUGCUGCUGAAGGCAGUGAUGUGAAGGAAACCAAACCUCCCGAGAAUGAGCUUGGAAAAGAGGAGCAACUUCCAGAGAAGAGCUCACCUUCAGCUAAUAAACAAGGAAAAGAAUCUGGAGAGAUUCUGGAAAACACAAGAAAAGAGAAGGACCGAGACUGGGAGAGUGGAAGUGAGAUAGAAGGUGAGACCUGGUACCCUGCUAACAUGGAGGAAUUAGUGACAGUAGAUGAAGUGGGAGAAGAUGAUUUAAUUAUGGAGCCCGAUAUAACUGAGCUUGAAGAAAUAGUACCAGUUGAUCAAAAAAAUAAAAGUGCUUCAGAGAUGUGUCCCUGUAUGUCAGCCAUGCUGGAACUGAAAAACGAUCACAGCCACUUAACCAGGAGUGAAGACAAAUUUGCCCAUAAAGCUUUAGAAACAAACUUCAGAUCAGCAAAGGGCAGCGUAGCUUCUAGCGGCUGUCAGGAUGAUGAGGAGGAUGAUGAUAACGAAGAUGCUGUAACUGAAGCAUCAAGCCUAAAUCUGGACCCUGAGCAGAAGCCAGGAGAAUUGCGGGAAGACCAAUCUGCUAAGGAGACUGAUCCCCAGCAGAAGGAAGGAAAAAUUGAUAAGAGCUCUGACACUCGUUUAGAGCCUGAAGAUCACCAUAUACCUUCUGUUCAUCUGAAAGAAGAGACUCUCCAGCUCCCUGAUACAUUUAUAGAUGAUUACAAACAGAUGGGAUCACAAGGAGCCGAGAGCAGAGAAGUUAUGGAAAUGCUUGUUAAAAAUGCUAGUGAAGAAACAAGACACGGAAGCCAAGAGUGUCCAGAGGCCAAGGCAAAUUCUAGGUACCUGGAAAUGAGAUCUCUGGAAUACCCGGAGGUAGAGUCUAAGAGAAGGCACUCUCCGCCAGGCUGGGAACAGGAGGACGUCUUCACCGAGCUCAGCAUCCCCCUGGGUGUGGAGUUCGUGGUGCCCAGAACUGGGUUUUACUGCAAGCUCUGCGGGCUCUUCUACACGAAUGAAGAGACAGCAAAGACAAGUCACUGCAGAAGUACCGUCCACUACAAAAAUCUUCAGAAGUAUCUAUCCCAGCUUGCAGAAGAGAGCCUGAAAAUGAAGGAAGAGGGCAGCCACCUGCCUCAGGAUGACACUGGCAUUGUUCCUCACUUUGCAAAGAAAAAGCUAUGAUGCAGAUGAACUGGAAGAGCUAUAAUGAGUGAAUGCUGAUACCUUUUUUUUUUUUUUUUUUUUUUUUUUUUU